AUGGAGGUCGUGGAACAGAAGAAAACAAGACCCCAGGACGUCAAGGUCCUCGACGACGGCACGGUGAUAAAACUCCAGAAAGCCCGCCAAAGACGUAUCCUCAGUUGCGUCCACUGCCAUCUGAAAAAAAUCAAAUGUUCCAGGGUUCAGCCCGUCUGCAACAACUGCUCGAAACACGGCAUUCCAUGCCAGUACUUUGUCAACGAAAGGGUUUCUCGAGGAGGCCGGAAAAAAGUGAAAACAGAGCCGGAAGAUGUCCCCAUGGGCAGCACGCUGUCGGAAACUAGUGAAUCUGGCAAACUGACCAAUUCAGCAUCCCACGAACACAGGUCUUCUCGGUCCUCGGCGCUGGAUUUCGACAAAGAGGAGCCCGAACCGAAGGAUAAACCCGAAAUGCAAGACUCCCCGAUGACAUACCUCCUAGGACCCUAUUUCCUGAAAAACCAGCAUCCAAGCCUUUCUCCCGAUAUGGUGACCCCAAACAUCCUCCAGGCUCCUAUAGUCAACCUGACAAGCAACAACAUCACCAACAACUUUUUCGGAACCAACUACGCCAACAAGGGUCUGGAGGAGCAGCCGGAAGAAUACGCAUUCAACCUCAGCACUUUUGCAUUUGCCAACGACAUGCUUCUGAAAAACCUGCCUCUUACAGAUAAAGCCAGUGAAGCCAGACCUGGAAGCGAAUUACACAGCAGAGUCAAUUCCAGCACCAACCUUGCCAACAUGUACAAAACCGCCAAUCCCAAUGCCACCCCGGUUCCUGGUGCUACUCCUGGUGCCAAUCCGCUCCUCAAUGCUACCCCAGGUGCAAAUCCCAAUUCACUGAAAAACUUCCUUGACGGUCCUUCAGAGCCUAUGGUGCCUGUGUCACAGAGAAACUCCCAGCCCAAUAACCCAGGUCUCCAUAAUUCUCUCAACGCAUACUCGUCGAAUCCAGCUACUACGGUGAAUUACCUCUAUGGCACCAAUACGUACUAUUCCAACGAUAACUUGCUUUCUGAUCUAGUGACGCAUUUGCCAAACUCCAGAGCACGGUCUUUCGAGCUUCUAGAACGCUACAUGAAUUCCGUGCACAUUUUGCUUCCCAUUAUGGUGAAUAUCAACGAGUUUAUCAAGGAACACGAGCGGUACUGGGACCUCUAUGAUCCAUACAAAAAUGGUCCUUCGUCGUCUCCAGAGUCUUCGUUGAAUUCGGGCUCAGACAGCCCCGACGCUAAAGAUUUCAACCUCCUUCAAUUCUACACCCUUUACUUCCCCGUUCUUUACGCAUCCACUAUUUCUGAGUUUGAGGAGUACGACAAUCUUCUAUUGAACCAGGACAUCAACAAGUACUUGAAGGGAUUCAACAAAAUCUGCCAGUACUAUAAUUACCCCCACGGCAUCAAAACCAUGCCUUUGCUUCUUGGAAAUGUGAUCAUCCAGUCCACAUCUCCAAACCCCUCGACAAUGGAGAUGUCACAGAUUAUCAGAUACGCUAAGUUCUUGCAGUUGCACAAGGAUCCGGUCAUUUCCUUGCGUAUUCAAGACUGGAAGGUGGUCAAGUUCAGAAGGCUUCUUUGGUGGGUGAUAUUUGGCUUGGAUGCUUUGAGUAGUCACAAUUUCUGCUUACCUCCCGUGUGCAAAUUUGACGAUUUCAAUGUGGUGAUGCCCGAGGACGAGGAUCCCGCUUAUGACGAGAACGGCGUGGUUAUCAAGAAGACGUUGAACGUCACCAUUCUUGCGUUGCUUGUCAAAUUCAAGUUCGACAGAAUCUUGAGUGAACUUGUCUACCAGCUUCACAAUGGUCUUUCCACGAAUAUCACACCUGAAGAAACGGACGAAAUCAAGCGCAUGAUUGUCAAUCUUUUCCACUUCAUCCACAAGUCCAUCAACAAAAUCACCAACUACUACCAAACCCGUCCGCCGAAGACAGUUCAGGAGAUGAAUUUGCUCAAUUUCAUCAAAAACCAUUCAUGGAGUUUUGUCGACAGGGCCUUCAUGCUUCUUCACAAGAAGAUAUUGCUAAGAGACCCCGCUAGAGCUCCACAUGAAGGGAAAAUUGGCGACACAAAAUACGAAAAAGCGCUUACUAAAGAUCGAGAAACGGCCUUAUCGCUCGGCAAGUAUGAAGAUACGUUUGGACGCAUUCAGGAAGCCAACAUCAUCAGCAAUUUCGACAGUUCCUCUAUUUCCCAGCUUCGCUUCAACCAGCACGAGCUUUUCACCUAUGAGAAUCUCCACAACAACUUGAUUCCGUCUAUUUUGCACAACUUGAACGAUUUCCUCAAGUACAACGAUUUCAUCAAAUUCGGCAAGUUCAACUGGUACGUCAAGCGCACGAUUCCGCUAGACUCCAUUAUCUUGCUAUUCAUCAUCUUGUGCGUCAAGUUCAAGUACGAGUUCAUGACAGUGAACGAAUUGGUGAUCUACGUGAAGCUCAUCAACAAGGCGCUCUUCAUUCUCAACAGGAAGUACUUCAAAAACGAAAAGUACAAGCGAAUGCUCUCGUUGACCAACCUCACCUGGGAGUACAUUCUCAAGAAGUACAACGUUAUCAAGUUGGUGAGUGUGGUGAACGAGAACAACGCCGGCAGAAUUGAGUUUUUCGACUACCAGGUCAGUGGCUACAUGAACAUGAGCGAGCUUUUCAACAUUAUGGAUGUUCCCCAGCCAGCACUCAUCAGCAACGGCGUCAACCUCGGAAGUAUCCAGCACGAGGAUUCCAGUACAUUCGAGAAAGAAGCGGAGCUUGACAAGGAGGAAUAUCAACAACGCAAAGUCAUGAACCAGAGUGUUUUCCUAAACAAAACCGAUCCGUACGAGGGCAAGAGCAUUGCGGAGAUCCAGAUCCAGCGUCACGAAUUGCUGCAGUUGAACGAGAAGAUCUACUACGAUUUGCGGAACAACUUUGUGGAUAUCAACGACUACUGCACCUUCUACUCCUCGCUCGAAAAUGUGCUCCACGAGCUCAUGGACUAUAUCAACGAGACCACGAAAGACAUUGCAAUGUGA